AUGCUCGAUAAUUUCGACGCGAUUCUCCAGCAGCGGAAUAGAGAGGAGAAAUUCCUAGUGCUGGGAACCCCACACUACCGUCGAGAGCAUAUUCUGGAUGGGCUACUCACCGACUGUGGUAAGUAUUUCGACAAAUUAGCGGGGGGUGAAACUGCGGGUGAGGGGGAGGAGGUGGACAACUUGGACGAACAUGGGCCUGUUGCAGAGGACACAGGUCCCCCGCCAGAGAUUGAUGCGGAAAUAGUCGCAUUGGGGGCGGUGGUUGCUGACGGCGCACGAAUGGGUCCGGCCAACAAGCGUCAGAGCAUCACGGAUGGGGAGUGUCAGCUGAUGGAUACAGAGGAACCACCCGAUCGGAGGGAGAGUGCGCACGAAAUCUUGCGUGGAAUGAGGGAGACGCAGAAGAGGGCAGCAGAGAAGAAAAUCGUGCAUUGCGGAUCGGAGGCCCUACAGCAGAGGGACGAAGGGGAGAGGAUUGAGGAGGAGCUUGCAGGGGCUUUCGAGGCAGUGCACCUCCAGGAGCAGAAUGACGAACAUGAGCAGGGGCAUGGUUUGGAAAUGAGGCAGGGGAGUCUGAAUGUCGUCGGUGAAUUGGAGGAAGCGGUGCAGGGGGCGGAACGCGACAAUAGGGUGGUGUAUCAGAGGCAGGAGGCACAAACAAAGAAGAGGUAUGAUCUGGGUGGGGAAGCACACGAUGAGCAGGAGGCGAAUCAAAGGGAGGAACAGAAGCAUAUGAGGCUCGAGGACGAGGAGCGAGAGGUGCGCGGUUCGGAGGGGGAGAGGGAAAGGGAGGAAAGGGAGCGGACGAGUCUCAAAAAAGAGAGGCGAGUUGAGCUCGAAAAGGCGGAGGCGCAGCAGCGGGAGGAAGAGAGGAAGAGGCUAGAGGAGCAAAGGCCGGUGGAGCGCAAAAAGGAGGAGAAGCAGCAGAGGGAGGAGGAAGAGAGGAAGAGGGGGGAGGAUGGUAAGGUGGAGCACGAAAAGGAGGAGAAGAGGCAGAGGGAGGAGGAAGAGAGGAAGAGGGAGGAGGAUAUGAAGGUGGAGCACGGAAAGGAGGAGAAGCGGCAGAGGGAAGAGGAAGAGGGGAAGAGGGAGGAGGAUAGGUGGGUUGAGCGCGAAAAAGAGGAGGAGCGACAGAGGGAGGAAAAUGAGAGGCUCGAGGAACAGAGGCGGGUGGAGCACAAAAAGGAGGAGAAGCGGCAGAGGGAGGAUGAGGAGAGGAAAAGGGAGGAGGAUAGGAAGGUGGAGCGCGAAAACGAGGAGAAGCGGCAGAAGGAUGAACGGAAGCGGAAGAGGGUCGAGGACGAGGGGCAAGAAGCGCGCGAAAAGGAGGCGAGGGAGAAGGAGGAGCGGGCGCGAAAGAGGCUGGAGGACGAGGAGCGAGAGGAGCGAGAAGCACGCAGAAAGGAGGCGAGGGAGAAGGAGGAGCGGGCGCGAAAGAGGCUGGAGGGCGAGGAGCGAGAGGCACGCGAAAAGGAAGAGGCGAGGCAGAGGGAUGCGCGGGAGCAGAAAAGGGUCGAGGACGAGGAGCGAGAAGCGCACGAAAAGGAGGCGAGGGAGAAGGAGGAGCGGGAGCGGAAGAGGCUUGAGGACAAGGAGGGAGAAGAGCGAGAAGCGCGCGAAAAGGAGGCGAGGGAGAAGAAGGAGCGGGAGCGGAAGAGGCUGGAGGCCGAGGAGCGAGAAGCACGCGAAAAGGAGGCGAGGGAGAAGGAGGAGCGGGAGCGGAAGAGGCUGGAGGAUGAGGAGCAAGAAGCGCGCGAAAAGGAAGAGGCGAGGCAGAGGGAUGAACUAGAGCAGAAAAGGGUCGAGGACGAGGAGCGAGAAGCGUGCAAAAAGGAGGCGAGGGAGAAGGCUCAAAGGGAGCGGAAGAGACUUGAGGACGAGGAGCAUGAGGCGCGCGAACGGGCGAAUCGGCAGGAGGAAGAGAGGAAAAUGAGGCUAGAGGAGGGGAGGCGAGUGGGGCGCGAAAGGGAGGAGGCGCGGCAGAGGCAGGAACGAGAACGCCGAAGGAAGGAGUUGCAAAGGCUCGAGCGCGAAAGGCAAGUGGCAAGACCGACGGAGGAAGUCGGUUUUCGCUUCAGCGAUUGCAUGGCCGAGAUUCGACAGUUUGGUUCGCAGAUGCAAGGAUGGGACUUGCGCUACUUGCAGGACUACGAGGAUCUAACACACGAGUACCACGUGCAAAAGGAUUCAGUGGUCCGGGAGCGCGACGAGCUCGUCCAAUUGCGUACUGCUCUUUCGACUGCAACAGCCAAGACACGAGCGGCAGCAGCUGAUGCAAGUCGAGCAGCUGCUGCAGCGGUUGUGGGAACAUUGGAGGAAACGUUUGCAAGGUUUUUCGACACGGUUGCGGAGAGGCUCAAGGGUGUGGUGGAGCAGGCGAUGUAA